AUGUCAUGUGGAGCCAGAGUCAUAAAUGGGGAGACACACAAAGUGCCCACUGAGGUGCUCCUCAUGAAAACAGCGGCAGGUGGACCAGAGUCAGUGGGGAAAUAUGCAGCCACUACAUUAUUAGACUGGUAUGACCUGGACCACGAGCUUGUCCUGGUCAUGGAGAGACCAGUCCCCUCUGUGGACCUAUGGACCCACCUGGAUGAGAAUAAUUGUUACAUGUCGGAAGCCCAGGCUAAGAACAUCAUGAAACAGCUGGUGGAUGCAGCCAUUCAAAUGCACUCUCAGAAAGUGUUCCAUCGGGAUAUCAAAGCAGACAAUAUCCUUCUGGAAACUGGUUCUGAUGUCCCUCGAGUGCGCAUCAUAGACUUUGGCUGUGGCUGCUUGGAGAAAAGUGAACCUUACAACGGCUACUCUGGAACCCUUGAGUACGCCCCGCCAGAGUUUUACACAGAGAAGGAAUACAAGGCCCGUCCCACCACAGUCUGGCAGCUGGGCAUGCUACUUUAUGACCUGCUAGAUGCAAAAGCAUUGGUUAACACCCAGAAGUUUCUUAGGAACCAAACUGCAUUCAUGAGUGGGUUAAAUGAGCUCAAAGUGUCCCAAGACUGCCUGGAUUUGGUGAAGAUCUGUUUGACGGCAGACCCGGACAACCGCGCUACCCUGGAAGAGAUGCAGCAACAUCCAUGGUUCACAUAAAACUGCACAUUCCACCCAACAAAACAUCGCCAUCGUCUGGAUGGAACAGAAACUACUUUGCCUUAAAACUUCAGUAUUUUACAUUAAACUGUGCUUCAAAAAUAUAAAUAAAUGACAUAAGUCACAGUUUGCUGGUGAUUUAGUAAAUGUUUGGACAGGCACCUAAAUACUCUCAUAAAAGGUAUUAUGCUGAUGCGAUAAUGAUGAAAAUUCUUACAUACACCAAUGCCUCUUUCUUC